GCCCGCCAUUUUAGGAGCAGAGAGCCAGCAUCUGGCAGAGAGCCAACAUCUUCUGAACUGCAGCAUCGGAUUCAGCAAUGGCAGAAGCAGUGGAGGUGAUGCUGCGGCGCUUGAGGGAAGCGGCGGACACCAGGGGCAGCGACUGGCUGGAGCAGCAGGUGACCGCAUUGCUAGGGGGGGCGGAGGUGGGUACGUCUAGCCCUACUCCAGCAGCUACACGGCCGCGGCGGGUACGGCCGCCGGCGCGCCUGAGCCCUGAUUUACCCCCCCGGGUCCGGCGCCGUGUCAGGAGCCCCACAAGGGACCCUCCACGCCGGGAGCAUUCUAAGGCUACUGCGGCCUCCCGGCGUGGGAGGAAUCCAUAUGUCCGGCGGGACCCUCCAGAGGCUGUGGGGCCUUCCCCUCAGCCCAUCGCGCCAGCAACAGGGGAGUCAGGACCUGGUUCUGCAGGAUCCCCUCCUGUCCCCAGGAGUCGGAGGCCUGCUCAGCGUGGGAGAGGUAGUGGCAGCAGAGGCAGCAGCGGGGCUGCGCGGUCGGCCAGGGCGGCCCGGCGCAGGCCCUUACAGGAUGAGCCCCUUUCAGUGGCACACGAGGCUGCGCCUGUAGGUGCCAGGGACGGGCGCAGGCCUUGCCAUGAUGCGCUUCUUACAGAGGAGGAGGACGAGGCUGUUCUGGACGGCUCCCCGCCCCAGAGCAGGCCUCUUGGGCAUGAAGACAGGCGUGCAGAUGCUUAUAUGGAGGACAGGGAGUUGCGCAGGCCAUUUCCUGAGGGCGGACAGUUUGCUACUGGUCCUGACACCGUGGAAGACAGAGGGCGUCCCAGAGCCAUUCCUAACGCACCCAGCAGUGAUCCGGCUGGGGUGCUGCCGGCGAACAGCGCAAGUACCCAUCAAAGGAAUGUCGUGGAUCCAGGAGUCGUCCGUCAGGAAGCAGGACCUGCGGCUGCCGGGUUCACAGCACCCGGGCAGCUAGUGGGAGCGGUUUCGCCAGCUGGCCCCGGAGGCGAGUCAGGUCGGAUUGGUGUGUCCAGAGUCGUUGUGGGAGAUCCUGGAGGUACCGUAGCUUGUCUGUUGCAGGCAUCAUUGAGUGAAGGCACGUGGAGGAUGUACGAUAGGGCUUGGAGUAGGUGGCAGCAGUGGUGUAAUGACCUAGGGGUCGAGGUACUGGACGGGGAAAUUCCGUUGUUACUGUUCAUUGGCCACGUGAAGGAUCAAGGUUGGUCGGUUGCCAAGAUCAAUGGUUGCAUGGCGGGCUUGGCUUUCGGAUUCAAGUUGCGGAAUUCCCCGGACAUUACUAAGUCCUUUUUGGUCCGACAAAUUUUGAAGGGUUAUAGAAGGUUUCAGCGUGUCAAAGAUUCCCGCCUACCGGUGUCCUUUUCGUUAUUGUUACAGUUAGGGGAGCAGGUAGCUGGAGUGUGUCGCUCGGCUUGGGAGGUGAGCUUAUUUAGACUAGCCUUUGCUCUGGCUUUUUUCGGAGCCUUUCGUUUAGGGGAGUUAGUGUGUGCAAGUGUGCAGCGGGAAGGGGGUCUGAGGAGUGAGGAUGUAACGUUAUAUGACGACAGGGUGCUGAUUUAUCUGAGAUUUUCAAAGACGGAUCAGGAGGGGAGGGGUCAUUUAGUCUCAUUGUUUGAGGUGCCGGGAUGUCUAUUGUGUCCAGUACGGUGUUUGCGGGAUUUUCAAGGAAGGGCAGGGGUCGCGGCAGGACCGAUUCUCAGACACGAGGAUGGCUCCUUUUUAUCACGAUUUCAAUUUAUAGCGGUAUUCAAGAAAUGUUUGCGUAAUCUAGGAAUGGACUCUGGCAAGUUUACGGGUCAUUCCUUCAGGAUAGGUGCUGCCACGGAGGCUGCUCGCUUGGGGGUGCGAGAUGAAGUGAUUAAGCGUAUUGGGAGGUGGGAGUCGGAGCGUUUUCGGCUGUAUGUGCGUUUAGGGGCAGUUUAAGGCUGUGUCUAACCAUGUUUGUCUCGUUCUUUUUUCAGGUGAUGCCCCGUUAUUAGUUUGGAUCCUGGGCCAUUCGUUCGUGUUCUGGGGGGCAUUACGAGCGGAUGUUCGGCAGAAUGGGCGGCAGCUGGGGUUUGAUCGGGGGACAGCCAUAGUAAGAUGGAUCGGACGCAGAGGUAUGGUGUGGGGUAGUGUUUUGCAGGAGGUUCAUCGGCAAGCCAGGUUAGAUAGAGUCCCAGAUAUCUUGGUGUUGCAUGUUGGGGGAAAUGACCUAGGGGUCCGACCUUGCAGAGAGUUGAUCAGGGAUAUACGUUUUGAUUUUUUGCGUUUGUGGUCCCUCUUCCCGUCAGUUGUCACUGUGUGGUCGGACAUUGUCCCCAGGAAGGUCUGGAGGGAGGCGAGAUUGGUUGAAAGGCUGAAUAAGGCUAGGAUUAAGCUGAACAGGGUGAUUGGGCGGUUCUGUGCCAAACAUGGGGCGGUGGUGGUGAGGCACCCCGAGUUGGAAGCAGGAACAGGAGGCUUUUGGAGACAGGAUGGAGUCCACCUCAAUGCGGUGGGCAUUGAUUUGUGGUCACUGGACUUGCAGGGAGGUAUUGAAACAGCCCUCCGGGUGUGGCGGAACGCGCGAGCUUAAGGGCUGUCAAGCUGCGCGUUGUUGGCGGGGGGAGGUCAUAGAAGCUGGGGCUACUGGAUGGUAACGGUGAAUGAGAGGGCCUCAAUGGUGGGGCUGGACUCUCAGAGUUGGGGCACCUGGUUGGCUUGGUAU